GGCAAGGAACCGGGGAAACAGUACUUAGUGCAUGAAACGUGUACGAGUUACCGGCUGACAGUGCAUCGAACGAGAUAAUUUUGCGAUACUAUGGGGAUGAGAUGCCAGGGAUACGUUGUUAAGAGUGUCCUGUAUGAAAAUGACAAUCCCUCCGGGCGACACUCAGCGGAUGGAAUCCGUUAGGUAGAUAAAGAAUCUCUGAAAUCGUCAUGUACACUGAAAGGAAGAAGGGCAAUCCUCCGAUCGUCGUCAUGAAAUAGAUCUUCUCUGCGAACCGAUAGAAAGAAUUCGCGAAAAGGGAACAAGCGAUCGACGGGAAAAGAUGUCGAGCACCCCACCGGAAUCGUCCAUUGGUCUGGACGCCGGCGAUCUACACGAGAUCAGGCAGAAUCAUCUGCAGACCCGGCUGGAGUCCUCGGACUCUGAGAAACGGGAGCAGAUACGAAGUAGUGACGGCAACAACCCUGACAGCGAUUGCGAGAGCGACACCAGCGAGGUGUUGAGCGUCGGUAGCGAACCGACGCCCACCAGCGUCGUCGGAAUCCGUGGCUGCGGUUUGGUGAGGUACGACCACGAAUCGGCCAGCAGCCGUGGCGACUUUCGCGACGAGGAGAACACGAGGACAUCGGCGACACCAUCGCCUUCCAGCUCAGCGAGCUGCAACGACGCGUUUUAUCAACGAACGACUAAUCACGUACCGGCGCCGAGCCCGCCGGGUUACAGCCAGCCUCCGUCGUCGCCCACAGCGUCCUCGGUGAGGUCACCGGCAUCGUCCUCGGCCACUGCCUCGUCCCCAGGUCGUCCAGAAGCCAUCCAGGACGUCAUAGUGCCCAGGUACCAGUCCAGUCACCAUCAGCACUUGUUACCCCGAUAUUCCUCGAGGGAGUCCGAGAUUCCCGAUUACCCGACGCGCGUACAGCACAGUCUGGGUCACGAGAUCGUUUACCCGACCGUGGAGAGGCUACACCGAACCCCUAUCAGCGUACCGCUGGUCACGAGACUGUCGUUGUCACCACCGUCGGCUAUGACAGUCACCGGCCUCCAAGCGACCACCCCUGUCCUGCAUCCCACGGUUUGCAGGGACUCCAGAGAAACUGCCUCGCUGAUGCCUCAUCCUGGCCAGCAUUUACAUCAUGCCAACAGCCACAUCCACCUUCAUCAGACGUCCCAGGUGCAGCACGUACCGGCGAACUCGGUGCAUCAGCAUCGACUCUCGGUGAGCAAGAUCCUCCAGAGAGACUCUGUCAGCCCUGCUUCGCCCGGGGCGAGGGACGAGAACGGAAGAACGAUGCCCGGUGCCAACGGUAUACAGAACAACGGUAUCAACAAUACCAAUCAUCACAAUAAUCACAACAACAACAACAAUCUGCAGCAUCAAGCAGGGUUGAAGUUCAGUAUAGACAAUAUCUUGAAGGCUGACUUCGGCAGAAGGAUCACCGAUCCCAUUUCGUUAAAAAAGUCCAGACCCAAGAAGGUCGCGCCGAGACCCAUCGAUCUGACCAAGGACUUCCUCGAGUCAUCUUCAGAAACGUCGGAGAAGAGCAGCUCGGAAACGAACUCCACGACCAACACGUCCCCGGUCAGUGUGACGGCCGGAAAUCCGACGUCCAACGCGUCGGGACCACCUGCCAGCGAUUCAACGGAACCGUUUACCUGGCCUGCUUGGGUCUACUGCACCAGAUAUUCGGACCGACCUUCUUCUGGACGAAGAUCCUCCCGUGUUUCAGGUCCACGCACGAGAAGAGUGAAGAGGUCAGACAGUCGCGGCACUACUGGCACCCCCGAAGAAAAGCGACCCAGGACGGCGUUUAGCGGCGAGCAAUUGGCCAGGCUGAAGAGAGAAUUCGCGGAGAACCGAUACCUCACGGAAAGAAGAAGGCAGCAGCUAUCGAGGGACCUGGGCCUGAACGAGGCUCAGAUCAAGAUCUGGUUCCAGAACAAGAGGGCCAAGAUCAAGAAGGCCAGUGGUCAGAAGAACCCGCUAGCCCUUCAGUUGAUGGCCCAGGGCCUCUACAAUCACUCGACGGUACCCUUGACCAAGGAGGAAGAGGAGCAGGCCGCGGAACUUCAAGCGAAAUGAUGACGAUAAGAUCGGUCCACCGGUUCAGUUUAGAUCCGUCAAUCCGUGAGAGUUCGAACGUGGAACAUUUGUCGUUUCGAUUCUCCACUGGUAGGGAAAGGAGGAAUGUUCGUCGAAGCG